CAAGAUGCCCUCUACAAGGGGGACCUGAUUUUGGCCAAGCAGAUAUCAUGUGUGAAAUCCAGGUAAUUUACUCCAUGCUUGAGGGUCUGCUAUCAAGCCUUAGGGACUGAGAAGUGGUUUUAGUCACAAGCAAUCCACAUGCCUGUAGAUCAUUGUUUAUUAGAUUGUUUGCCCAAAUAAGGUGUUAUCCUGAAGUUUUUUGACAAUUCUAAAAGCAUCUUCCAACUCUGCAGUGAGACAUCUAAGAUAUCUGUGUUACUUCCCUCAUACACAUAAAUAAUUUUCAAUAAAAAUCAGGGCGUGAAUAAUUUAUUUUCUCCACCAACUGAAAGCCAACCAUUUGGAAGACCAGUUAGAAGAGAUGAGAUAAGUCAUUCGUUAAAAAUUACUUUUAUAUUUACACGGAAAAGAGGAAGUUUUGUGCUUCCCUUUGAAUUUUGUUGAAAAUCGAGGGCUUUAUUGAACAGUUUUGGCAUGCAGGGUCAUUUUUCAUUAAAAGGCAAAAAGGCAUCUGAAAUCUGUAUCUCUAUGGUUUAUUCAGCAGUGGAACCUGGGCGAUUCCGUGCAGAGGGUAUUCGAGGCAUUCAACUUUUGGCCGUGAAACAAACACAAAUGCUCCUUCCCCAAGGGCGGGGGCGGUGCCUGAGCGACGCACCAAUCACAGCGCGCCCUGCCCUAUAUAAGGCCCUGAGGCCCGUGCAGUAGUUUAUGCUAUUUGCUAGGUGGUGCGUAUUGCUCUACUCUAAUGUAAUGUCUGAGAUGGUGCCUGUCGCUCUAGCGGACCAGGUUCCGCCGUCCAUGGAAAAACCUCCCCCCCAAAAAAAGGGCAAGAAGCCGGUUGGUUUGACGGGGGAAAGUCGCAAGACCACAAGCGCCUCAUUGUCCAAGUUGAUCAUCGAGGCCCUUUCCAUUUCUCAAGACAGAGCUGGCAUGUCUGUGGUAGCACUGAAAAAGGCGCUAGCAGCCGUGGGCUAUGACGUGGAGAAGAACAACAGCCGCAUCAAGCUGGGUCUCAAGAGCCUGGUUAGCAAAGGAAUUCUGGUGCAGACCAGGGGUACCGGUGCUUCCGGCUCUUUCAAGCUCAGCAAGAAGGUUGCUGCUGAGCCCACCAAGGGAAAGGUCAAGAAGCCUGUUUCUACCAAGACGAAGAAGCAGGUCUUGGCCGGAAACUCCAAAUCUCCGCAGAAAGCUAAGACCAACAAAAAAGCAAAGACGCCGAGGAAAACAAUGGCUGAGAAAGCAGGUUCGAGUGGCAGAAAAGCUAAAGGCGCCAAGGGCAAACAACAACGGCAAAGUCCAGCGAAGGCCAGAGCAGGGAAGCCCAAGGCUGGGAAUUCUAAACUGAUCCAGCUGAAGACUAAUCCUAGGAAAGCAACAACCAAGAAGUAACAUUUCGGCAACGGCCAGUUUUCAUAGAACCCAACGGCUCUUUUAAGAGCCACUCAAAUGAUUUUGAGGGUGUGACAUUGCAUUUUCAGAAGACCCCGGAAGAAAAGACUAUUCGUCAACUUUAUCACUUGACAAUAAGCAAGAUUGUGAUGUGGUGAUAAGUGUCUUGUCAGACAAACGGUACAGACUUUGAAGAGCUUUGGAUACUUAAUGGUAUGCUGACUGCCCAGUUCCAGAAAGUUAGGUUGUCCAUCCUAAUAAAAAUAAGGCACAUUCCUUGUAUGUAAGUUCCUAAAUGCUUAGAAAAGUGCUGGAUUUUAAGCCGAGAGAGGAGAGGAGAUCAGCUCCGUGCCCAACCAUACCUGACCAUGUUUUUUCACCUAAUGAUACGCUAGUAUAUGACUUAAUGUGCCUUUCCAUGUAAGAUU